UUAAAGUUCUAGAGCCUCUCGUCCUCCAAUUGUUAAAACUCGGGACGCGCUUGACAUAGGGCGCAUACUUCUCGGAGACUUCUGGACUGCAACUUUGACACACAGAGAGAACUGUUCUGCACAGGGAUUUCAAUAGGUUACCUUUCCGAAGUUUGUGGACAAUACAACUGUAUUAAAGGGAUUUGAGCCUCCUAGACACGUCGAUAAAGUGGAUAAGAAAUAGCACUGUUUUGAGCACAUUUCGGGACUUUAGUUCAUUUUGCCAGAUUACACAAGGACUCCACCACCAUGGUGCCCUUCCUCCUCCUCCUCCUCUCCUCCUCUUCCUCUGUUCUCUCCAGUGACUGCCCAGAGGAUUGCUCCUGUCAGGCCCAGGGUUCCAUCUUCUGCAUCCAGCGUCGUUCCACGGUCGUCCCCCGCGGCCUCCCUUCCUCUGUGAAACAUCUCUACGUCUUCCAGAACGGCAUCAAUACUUUAGCCCAGGAUGACUUCACAGGCCUGGGGCAACUGGAGAUGCUGGACCUGUCCCAGAAUAAACUCACGGAGGUCCCGGAUGGGGUCUUUGAAACGCUAUCUUCGCUGAGGAAUCUCGAUUUGUCCGCAAACUACAUUACCCACAUCUCCAAGGAAAGCUUCUCCGGAUUGGUGCAACUCGAGAGGCUGUAUCUCCAUGGCAACCGCAUCAAGAGCAUCCAAUCGGAGGCCUUCGAGGUUCUGGAGGAUCUUCUGGAACUGAAGCUCCAGGGGAACCAGUUGACCGGUCUCCCAAUGCUCCGUCUCCCCAGGCUUCUCCUCCUUGAUCUCAGCUUCAACUCUCUCCCGACGCUGGGUCCCCAAGACCUCCAGGCCCCCCACCUCGAGUCGCUCAAAGUGGCUGCGUUGGGGCUCACCACCCUGGACUCGGAUCUGAUGGCCUCCCUGGGGAACCUCCAUGACCUUGAUGUGUCCCAGAACCAGCUGGAGGGGAUGCCUAAAGCAUUGAAGGCCACCCGGGGGCUGAUCAGGCUCAGCCUGGCUGCCAACCCCAUUGGGGAGCUCCGGAACGAGGACUUCCAGAGUCUGGUGGGUCUCCAGGAGCUGGAUAUCAGUGGGCUGAACCUCCAGGGCUUGCCCCAGGGUUUCUUCCAGCUCUUCCCCAGGCUGGGGCACCUCACGGCGGCCGAGAAUCCCUUCAACUGUCUCUGUCCUCUGGCCUGGUUCCCUGGCUGGCUGAAAGAGAAGAAUGUGGAUCUGGGACGCACAGAGGAGACAAGGUGCCACUUCCCACCAGUGAAUGCUGGCAAGGUGCUGGCGGAGCUGGACCAUCCAGAUUUCGGCUGUCCACCUACGACCACUGUCAUGACCAAUGCCCUAGGGGAGGGGAGUACUUCCGCACCCCCCAUUCCGACUACAUCCCCUGGAAACACACAUACCAACGCCAUCCCCCCACCUCCGCCAUUCCCUAGUGAUGAACCAUCCUCAACGGAGACAGACAUUGAGAGUCGUCCCCCUCCUCCAGCUUCUCCCACUUCCGCUUUCAGGGACCAGGGGGAUGAGGGCCACAUCUGCCCGCCGAACAUCUGCCUCAAUGGGGGUACGUGCCGCUUCGAUCCUCUGGGACAGCUUGGAUGUCUCUGUCCCCGCGGAACUCUGGGCCUGUACUGCGAGAACCUGGAGUCGUCUAACCACAACCAGCCACCUCUCCAAACUUCCGCCCCAGAGGUUUUGGCAUCCAUGGUCGCCCCCAUUGUAACCUCUGAUCCCAAUGACAUCAGUUCCCGUCAGGUGACCUCCACGUCCAUCCUCCUCGACCUGCACCGUUUCCUCGAGACGAGGCCGCACAUCCGCGGGAUUAAGCUGACCUACCGGAACCUCUCAGGGCCCGACCGGCGCCCCAUGUCCCUCAGCGUCCCCGCCUCAUACCCAGAGUACACCCUCCGAGGGCUCCGGCCCAACUGUACCUACUCUGUGUGCGCCAGCCCCCUGGCAGAGAGGGUGAACGGGGGUGGAGGUAGCCCUACCGAGGGAGGGUCUUGUAUGGAGGCUCGUACCGAGGGAGGUCCCCAAGCUUCGUCCUUGGAGCCCCAGGUGGAUGAUCAGAGCCAGCUCACCUACACCCUCAUCCCAGCCUUGGCUGCUCUCGCCCUGGUCACGGGGGUGGCGCUGGUGGCCAUCCUGGUUCUUUUCCUCCGGAGGAGACGGGCUCACAUGGCACUGGAAGGGGGUGAGAUGGGAUCAAUGGAACUGGAGGGCCUUAAGGGUUGUCUGGAGAACGGCGUGGGGAACGGGGGCACCCUUCCCCACAAGGGAGCGGAUAUCGCCCCCUGUCACACCUCCACCCUGACCCAGCCACAAAAUGGCGGAUCGUCACAUCCCCUUCCACAAAAUGGUGGUUUAGAAUAUGAGGCCCCCCUCAUGAAGGGACAGGGGCACUGUCCAUCGAAUAAUAAUGUGGCAUCCUUGAAGCCAUCGUAUUUCUAGAAACUCAGUCUGUUGUCUUAAUGGAUUUCUUAAUAUUUCUCUGAGACUCAAUGCACUCAAUGACAUUCAGAGCUAUGGAAGGGAACAGAAGUAACUACCCCUGUAGAGGGUAACGCUACGCCCCGCUAUCUCUAAGUGGAUGGGAGGACUCUACCAUUAUGGGGCAGUGAAAGGGGGGUGUUUUAGCUCAUCCAGCAGAGUUCAAGUUGAUAGAAAUGUAACAAGUAUUUAAACCUGAAGUGCAAUCGCCAUGCCAAAAAGGGUCUAUCUUAUAAUCGGACUGAAAACGGAAGUGCCUUCUUGCAUUGACAUGAUAUGCUGUAAUAAUGAUGCUUUUAUUUUUUAAAUGUUGAUAUUUUUAAAAGAACUGCAUUGAAUGAGUUGCAAUCCUGUUGCUGGAUCAGGAGAUUAAGAGAGCGGGGUUUGUGGAGGUAUGGGGAAGGCACAGAGUCAAGGUUUGGAGGAGUAGAGGUGGAGAUAGAAACACAGGUGUGUGUGUGCUCUGUAGACUGUUCAGCACUUCCUGAAAUGAACGAGGCACCCCUCCCCACCUGCCCCCUGGCAGAACUUGCACUGAAGAGAAACUCUCUGCAACAUUACAGCCCUUCCCAGAGACUUAACCGAAGGUAGUGAAAUGCUGAUUCUGUAGAGAUGGUACCACGGACAGAAUACAGUUUUAGACGACCCCCCCCCCCCCCAACGAACUGGUAUUAUCAACCCCCACCAGGGUUGAUCAACUUGCUGUGAAAGGCAUGUGGAACAAUUGAAGAGAAAAGGCAAGGAGACCCUAUUCCCUUUAAGUGUGCUACUUUUGACCAUUAAAAUGUUGACAUUUUAGUCAUUCAGCAGACGCUGUCAUCCAGAGUGACUUACAGUUGGUGCGUUCAUCUUAAGAUAGCUAGGUGGGACAACCACAUAUCACAGUCGUAGUGAGUACACUCAUCUUAAGAUAGCUAGGUGGAACAACCACAUAUCACAGUCGUAGUGAGUACACUCAUCUUAAGAUAGCUAGGUGGGACAACCACAUAUCACAGUCUUAGUGAGUACACUCAUCUUAAGAUAGCUAGGUGGAACAACCACAUAUCACAGUCGUAGUGAGUACACUCAUCUUAAGAUAGCUAGGUGGAACAACCACAUAUCACAGUCUUAGUGAGUACACUCAUCUUAAGAUAGCUAGGUGGGACAACCACAUAUCACAGUCGUAGUGAGUACACUCAUCUUAAGAUAGCUAGGUGGGACAACCACAUAUCACAGUCUUAGUGAGUACACUCAUCUUAAGAUAGCUAGGUGGGACAACCACAUAUCACAGUCGUAGUGAGUACACUCAUCUUAUGAUAGCUAGGUGGGACAACCACAUAUCACAGUCGUAGUGAGUACCCUCAUCUUAAGAUAGCUAGGUGGGACAACCACAUAUCACAGUCUUAGUGAGUACACUCAUCUUAAGAUAGCUAGGUGGGACAACCACAUAUCACAGUCGUAGUGAGUACACUCAUCUUAAGAUAGCUAGGUGGGACAACCACAUAUCACAGUCGUAGUGAGUACACUCAUCUUAAGAUAGCUAGGUGGGACAACCACAUAUCACAGUCGUAGUGAGUACACUCAUCUUAUGAUAGCUAGGUGGGACAACCACAUAUCACAGUCGUAGUGAGUACACUCAUCUUAAGAUAGCUAGGUGGGACAACCACAUAUCACAGUCGUAGUGAGUACACUCAUCUUAAGAUAGCUAGGUGGGACAACCACAUAUCACAGUCUUAGUGAGUACACUCAUCUUAAGAUAGCUAGGUGGGACAACCACAUAUCACAGUCGUAGUGAGUACACUCAUCUUAAGAUAGCUAGGUGGGACAACCACAUAUCACAGUCUUAGUGAGUACACUCAUCUUAAGAUAGCUAGGUGGGACAACCACAUAUCACAGUCUUAGUGAGUACACUCAUCUUAAGAUAGCUAGGUGGGACAACCACAUAUCACAGUCGUAGUGAGUACACUCAUCUUAUGAUAGCUAGGUGGGACAACCACAUAUCACAGUCGUAGUGAGUACACUCAUCUUAAGAUAGCUAGGUGGGACAACCACAUAUCACAGUCGUAGUGAGUACACUCAUCUUAAGAUAGCUAGGUGGGACAACCACAUAUCACAGUCGUAGUGAGUACACUCAUCUUAAGAUAGCUAGGUGGGACAACCACAUAUCACAGUCGUAGUGAGUACACUCAUCUUAAGAUAGCUAGGUGGGACAACCACAUAUCACAGUCGUAGUGAGUACACUCAUCUUAUGAUAGCUAGGUGGGACAACCACAUAUCACAGUCGUAGUGACUACACUCAUCUUAUGAUAGCUAGGUGGGACAACCACAUAUCACAGUCGUAGUGAGUACACUCAUCUUAAGAUAGCUAGGUGGGACAACCACAUAUCACAGUCGUAGUGAUAGCUAGGUGAGACAACCACAUAUCACAGUCGUAGUGAGUACGUUUUUCCUCAACAAAGAAGUUAUCGGGCAAGUGUCGGAAAAAACGAAUGCAGUCGGAAAGGACUAGUGCUCUGGUCAAAAGUAGUGCACUAAAUAGGGAAUAGGGUGUUACUUGGGACCCAGCCUCUGUCCUUAGAGGCGUGGUCAGUAGCUGUGACGGACGCUAUUUGAAGAUUGUUGUUGUCGAGCAGGUUCCAUAUGAUGUUUUUGUAAUGUGUUUUGUAUGUAUUUUUUAUAGUUGAUUUCUCUGUUGCUGUCAUGCUGUUUCUCCAGUCUUGUUGUAGUCAGAAAUGUUGAUGCUGUAUUGAAUUGUGCUGUUCCCUUGACCCGGCAAUGGGUUGGGGUCCAUUUCAUUUAAAUUCAGAAAGUUUAGAAUUGAAAUGUUUCAUUUACUAUUAAAGAUGAGUUUUCCUUUGUUAAAUAGGUCAUUCCAAUUCACCUGAAUUUACUGAAUUUAGAUUCAAUUUACCCCUACCCAAAACGCUUCAAAUUUUGAUCAUGUAAAAAUUGUUCACCAAGUAAAUGUGAAUAAGAAGUGUCAGAAACAGCACAGACUCUAAACUCUAAACUCCCACACUCUUCUUCUUUACUGUCUAAAACCAGUCUGCCAACUACAAUAGCCUGCCAAAGUUACAUAAGGACACGGUUAGCUCCAGAAACCCCAAUCCUUGUCCCAAAUGACACCCUAUUCUCUACAUAGCACACUACUUAUGAACAGAGUCCUAUGGGCCCUGGUCAGAAGUAGUGUACUUUAGAGAAUUAGGGUGCCAUUUGGGAUGUAAACCUAGUCUCUUUUUGAACGCUCAAGCUCCAAAACUGUCCUCAAAGCUCUGUCACCGCAAACCCUGAGCCAUUAAAGUGGCACACACACAUGCUGAAAAAAGCACAAGAGUUCAAAGACUUUGAGAGCAAUUUACUAUAUGUGUCGAAGGAGUGGAAACCAGUCAUUUCCUUGACUUGCUACUAACUGUGGCGUUUUGAAGAUAUGGCCGCAGUUAGCCAAUGAGAUCCUCAGUAGCUUUUUAUUGUUUUACUCUCUCUCUUUCUAUUUUUCUCUUUCUGUGUCUCUGGUUUUGUCUCUCUCUGCUUCUCUAUCUCUCUGCCUCUCUCUCUGACUCUGUCAUUCUCUCUCUCUCCCUGUUUCCCCCAUCUCUUUCUCUCUCUCUUUUUCUCUUUAUUCUAUUUUCUUCCUCUCGUUCUCUUUCCUUUUCUUUUUUCUCUCUCUCUUUGUUUCCUUCACCCCUCCCUUUGUCUCGGUCAGCAAGGUUCUUGGCCGUGUUUUCGGGCCUGUUUUGCUUGCCUGCAGCCAACUAGACUAUGAAAAGUUCAUACGGAAUGUAAAUCGCGCCGUUCUGAUAUAUUUAUCUUUGUUUCCUGUCUUGGAGAAUGGGAAGUACAAAUGUGUCACCAUUCAAUUUCUUUUUCUGUUUUCUUUCUCUCAUUUUUGUUGUUGUUCUUUUCUUUUCUUGAUCCCUCUCUGUCUCUCUCUCUGCCUGUCUCUCUCUCUGCCUGUCUGUCUCUCUCUCUGCCUGUCUGUCUCUUUCUCUGCCUGUCUCUCUCUCUCUCUGCCUGUCUGUCUCUCUCUCUCUGCCUGUCUGUCUCUCUCUCUGCCUGUCUGUCUCUUUCUCUGCCUAUCUCUCUGUCUCUCUCUCUGCCUGUCUCUCUUCCUCUCUCUCUGCCUGUCUCUCUGUCUCUCUCUCUGCCUGUCUCUCUGUCUCUCUCUCUCUCUGUAUGUCUCUCUGUCUCUCUCUCUGCCUGUUGGUCUCUCUCUGCCUGUCUCUCUGUCUCUCUCUCUGCCUGUCUCUCUGUCUCUCUCUCUGUAUGUCUCUCUGUCUCUCUGUCUCUCUCUCUGCCUGUCUCUCUCUCUCUGCCUGUCUCUCUGUUGUUGUUGUUGUAAGGAACAUGUGCCUAUUUCUGUGACAUACUCUACAAUCUCACUACACCAGUUUAUGUCUUGGUAGAUAGAAAACAGUUUCUGUGUGUGUGUGUGUGUGUGUGUGUGUGUGUGUGUGUGUGUGUGUGUGUGUGUGUGUGUGUGUGUGUGUGUGUGUGUGUGUGUGUGUGUGUGUGUGUGUGUGUGUGUGUGUGUGUGUGUGUGUGUGUGUGUGUGUGUGUGUGUGUGUGUGUGUGUGUGUGUGGGCAAAAAAAAGGAGAUUCAAUAAUUUCAUCCCUAUUCUCCAUCAACCAUCUUAUUUUCUACUGCCUGUCUUCUUUCUCUCCUUCUUUUACUGUCUUUCUUCAUGCUCUCAAUCAUCCAACAGAAACCAAGAACCAUACGCUCAUAUAUCUGUUCACUAAAACCUCAACUGGAAGAAGAAAUCCUAUACAGCUUUAUAUACUGUAGCAUGAGGGACCGGACAUUUUUGAAAUAUUUUCAACUUGCUUUGUUACGUUCUCUAUUCAUUUUGGGAAAGCCUUUGUCUUAUUAUGUUAAUGUUUUGUUUUUCUGUAAAAAAGUGUUUGUUUUGGAUAUGAAAUGACAUAAAAAAAGAAUAUGAAAAAAAUA